AUGUAUCCGAAGCUGUCGCUAAUUCGUUUCGGAAUGUGUCAUCAACUUUGGAUCAUUAUCCUGUGCUUUGCUACGUCCAGUUUGGUUUUAGGACGCACCAGAACAAUUCGAAAUCUCUACGGCCAACGGUGUGCCAACAGGUUAGAAUCAGCACUUGAUACAACUCUUCGUCGAAGCCAACAACGAUCCGGGUCCACCUCUAUCAUUGAUUUUUCGGACAAUGGUGCACCAACUCGACCUACGCUGUUCGGAUCCUCUGGGCAGCGAUCCCCAUUUAGUAGCAAUAAUUACAACGAGGAAAUCCAACAAAUAGUUUCUGACUAUAAGCAGAAGCUAAGCGACAUGCCUCAUAACACCGCAGGACCAUUCUUUCAAUCCUCAGGAUCUUCAAAUUUAGGAGCGGCUCAAGUUGAAGUGGCAAAUCUAAGAGUAAGAAUCCCACAAAAUCAUCAGUGGGUAGUGGUGGACCGAUGCCAAUUCAUCGAACACAAUCGUACACUCGACACAAAGCUUGAGUUUCCUGAUCUGCAAAUAAGCGGCCGCGUGAUCAUGCAUCCAUCGGGAGGGCGAUGUGAUAUGAUUUUACGACUCCGCCGUGCCGGAAUUGAAUUUCGCACAAUUCCACUUAUUCCUUCUGGCCUCGGCGAACGAAGCCGACAGGCCAACGUUAGAACGGAUUCCCAUUUUUCUGAACCUGGGUUCAUUUCCGUCUUCGCGCACAGCUGCGAGGGACCAAGUGGUAUUAAAUAUCGCAUCAACUCCAAACGUCGUCACUUCUUCAAUAGACAACCACCGGGCGCAGCUUCGUACUAUGGACAAGAUCGUCGAAGAUCACUGGAUUACAUGAGCGAUGAUUUUACCGCCAGCGAUGGAACAAACGAUUUGUUCAAAUUGAACGAUGGUGACACCCUGUUUCUAUCGCCCUCUACAUUCGUUGACAUAGACAAUGACCGAGACGAAAAUGUGCAAGCAACAUCAAACGUUGAUUCGGACCCUAACAGCAGGACAUUCUUCGCCGAAAGGAAUCCUUUCUCCUACUCGACCUACGGCGCUACUAGCAGCUACGGUAAUGGAGCAGUGAACACUAAUUCAGAUAAGGGAUGGCAAAAUGUUGAAACAAAUGAGGCUUUGGACGACGCAUAUUCCAAUGAAAUCGACAAUCUUUUUUCCAAGGGGGUACGAGGUCUAUUGACAACUUACAUGCAAAAAGCGCUACAGCCAGCUAUCAAGGAAACAUUAAUGGAGAGCAUGGGUUACACAUUAUCGUACGGUUAA